AUUAAUUAAAAGUGAAUCUUAUAAUUGAAGUAAAUAAAGCAUGGAAAGAGUAGGUUAGGAUUUCUGUGUGUUGUGGUGGCAUUUUCACAAGCCAUGUGUACAGUGGCCCACUCCGUUUGCAGCAACAGCCGUAACAAAACCCUUCUCCAUUUCAUUUCACAGUAAAAUGCAUGCAAUUCCGUUCUUCGACCUCUUUCUAAAAUCUACUCCUCUUAAACUAACUACCACUAUUUCAUUACUCAAAUCUCGAAUCGAAAUUUACAAACCCUAGAAUUAUGGCGAAGAAACGCGUUCCCGAUUGGCUCAACAGUCCUAUCUGGUCCUCCCCCUCCGACCACCACCGCUUUACCGCCGCCUUUGACCCGCCGGAACCUCCCUCUCCACCCCCUGUUACCGUCAAUGAAGAUCCUCCUUUAAUUCAACAUUCGCGAACCAAUCACAAUGGCAUUGCCAGUUCAUCUCCAUCUUCUUCUUCAUCCUCCGCUUCUACCUCCUCCGCCGAUGAUAUGUCCGUCUCUCGUCGGGCCCAGUGCCAGGCCCAGUUGUUAGCCGAGUUAUCUAGGAAGGUAAUAGAUAUGCGGGAAUUGAGAAGAAUUGCUUCUCAAGGGAUACCCGAUUUUCCUGGUUUACGUUCUACUGUCUGGAAGCUUCUGCUAGGGUAUCUACCACCAGAUCACGCCCUUUGGUCCUCUGAAUUAGCAAAGAAGAGGUCUCAAUACAAACGUUUCAAACAAGACAUUCUUAUCAAUCCUUCAGAAAUCACGAGGAGGAUGUGGGACUCUGCUAGUUAUGAUGCCGAUGAACUCAAAUGUGAGACCAGGUGCAUGCUUCCUAGAUCACAAGUCACUCACGAGGAACAUCCUUUGAGUCUUGGCAAGACCAGCAUUUGGAAUCAGUUUUUCCAGGAUACUGGUAUCAUAGAGCAGAUUGACCGCGAUGUGAAGCGUACUCAUCCAGAUAUGCACUUCUUCUGUGGUGAUUCUCAAUUAGCAAAAUCUAAUCAGGAGGCCUUAAAGAACAUAUUAAUUAUUUUUGCAAAGUUGAACCCAGGUAUUAGAUAUGUUCAAGGGAUGCAUGAAGUAUUGGCUCCUUUAUUCUAUGUGUUCAGGAAUGAUCCGGACGAGGAAAAUGCAGCCUUUUCUGAACCAGACACAUUCUUUUGUUUUGUUGAAGUAAUGAGUGGAUUCCGAGAUAAUUUUUGUCAACAGCUUGACAAUAGUGUUGUUGGAAUUCGUUCGACUAUAACAAGAUUGUCUCAUCUUUUGAGAGAACACGAUGAAGAACUAUGGCGUCAUCUUGAGGUCACGACCAAAGUCAACCCCCAAUUUUAUGCAUUUAGGUGGAUUACUCUCCUCUUGACUCAAGACUUCAAUUUUUCUGAGAUCCUUCGGAUUUGGGACACCCUUUUAAGUGAUCCUGAUGGUCUACAGGAGACACUUCUACGGAUAUGCUGUGCAAUGCUAAUUCUCGUUCGGAGGCGCCUCCUGGCGGGUGAUUUCACUUCUAAUCUCAAAUUGCUGCAAAGUUAUCCUUCUACAAACAUUAGUCAUUUGCUCCAUGUUGCCAAUAAGUUACGUGUACAGUCAGUGUAAUGGUUUUACCAGCAGUUUUUUUUUUUUUUUUUUUUUUUGCAUUUUGUUUUAGCUUUCUACAUAGCAUUUUAAUUUUAUGUUUGUAAAUUACUAUGUAAAUGUUGGUUAAAAGCAACAAUUGGUAUUGUUUUAUACUCAAAUUUUCUUUUUAAAAUUUUGUUUAUUGUAAUUUGUAAGCCUUAAAUUACCAUGAUCUUGGUGAAAUUCUUUUGUAUUCAUUUCCCACUUAAAAAAGACAUGAUUGAUGGAACUUCUUAAGAGACUGUAUUAAUAUUCGAGGCUUUAAGUUGCGCAUUCUUGUCGAUAUGGAUGAUGGCUUGGCUUUCAAAAUUUUGGCCGCGUAUCACUCACUUAAUUUUGCAUUUCUUUUUAUAUUCGGUUAAACGACCAAAUAUGACAACAUAAUCCAUACUUGUGUUGCGGAUACCCCAUCCAAAACCUACUCCGAGUUUGAUGGAGAGUAUCCUUUUGACAACAUAGUCAUACAUCGAUAAAUAAAUCAUGAUACUCACUGGCGAAGCCAAGGCCCGACCAGACUGGGCACCUGCCCGGGCUCAUCCUCCGUUUAUCAUGUAAAUCAUGAGGUUUCACGACUGAUCAUCCAACAAACGCACUAUGAAUAUUCUCACCAAUGCUUCCCCGAAUUACUCCCUCACUAUCUGUCGCGGCGAAGUGGUUCUGGCACCCUCAGAUCUCUUAGAUUAACAUCAAUAUUGAUUUGAGUUUUCUCUGCAAUUUGUUUAGGACAGUUCAGAAUUUCUAUGGUUGCUAGAAAAGUUUGCG